AUGCCAGCCCAGACGAGACGCAGCGAGAGAGCGCAGUCAGCGCGACGACAACGUGGAGAAGAGACACCAUUUUCCGACCUCCCAGAAAUCCCUCAAGUUCAGCCAGCAGGACUAGCUCGCGGCUCUAUAGGCCGCGAGAUGCAACAGAAUAAGAGGAGCACCGCUCAAAUAGAGGACGACGAACAUAACGAUUACGACGAAGAUACUAACCCCUCCUCUUCCCCUCCCUUGGGCCGUAACCGCACCAACAGCGACCGACUCUCGCAACUACGAGAGGAAGAACGACUCCUAGAGGAAGAAAUCCUUAUCGCUACGCACGAGGAACGCCUACGCAAGAGGCGCGCCGAUCUAGAACGCCUCCGAAGCGCUUCGGCCAGUCCGGCUCCCGGAUUGAGACAAGCGGUUUCAGCUGCGCCCGCUCCCGGAGUUGUAUUGAGCUCAGCUGGGGCCGUGGACCUCCGCAACACGGUUAGCCCCCUUACCCAGGCUGUAUCAGGAGCGCCGUCAGAGCAACAACAGAGCGACGAGUUCAUCGCCCCCAAGCCACCUUCCACAAGCUCCCUACCAACAGAAGCGGCGGUCACAGGAGGCUCUUCGGUGUUUAGGCCUCUGUCCCUCCCCAGCCUGUCGUACACGGGCAAGUCGGCAAGGGACUUGCACAGCUUUCUGCUCGACUGUUACUACCGCUUCGACUUAUGGGCGCAACAGAUGAGAAGCGAUCGCGACGAAGUAGCUUACGCAGUGAGCUGCCUACAGGGAAACGUCAAGACGUCAUGGAUGCAUUGCAUCUUCGAACGGAGACGCGACGUCGGGUUCACCCUGAGAGCCGCUACGGAACGGGCGAUGCAGAGCUACCAGCAAUCGUUGACGCACUGCGUAACUGGCGCCACUACCUCGCAUACAGCCAGAACGUGA